AUGACUGCCCACCUCUGCAAGCAGAUCUACGCUUCCUGGCGCCAGACUCGACAGCCUUCUCCCGAACUGGCUAUGCCAAACCAGACUCCUUCGGCUUUCAUGCGCCCAGUCUCACGAUCCCCUUCACCUCCUGCUCAGCGCUCUGAGCGACGUCCCUCGAACGCCUCAGAAUCAGACUGGACCAACAAUGGCCGUCAUUAA